CCCCCCUCCCACCCCGACCCCUCCCAAAAAAAAGGGUUUGCCCUAACUUCUGACCCCUGCGGCGGUGCGGCCCUGCCACCGACCCCCUGCGGCGGUCGCGGGCCCUUCCCCUCCCCCUCUUCCCUUCCGGCCGCUCGCCGAACGCAAUCGGAAGCCCUCCUCUUCAGAAAUCGAAGAUCGAAGAUCGGGUUCUUCACUCUUCAGAAAUCGAAACCCUCCUCGUCGCCUCUUCCGCUUCCUCUUCCGCUUCCGCUUCCGCUAUCCAACGAUAGAUCAGUAAUCGAUCGGGUGGUUCUUUACAAACCAGGUCCGGAUGACAACCCGACACGUGAUCCUCGCAGUCUUCCCUUAAACCCACCCUCCCACAUUCCUUCCCCUCUGCCAACCGCCGCCCCUCGCAUCCCCGAAUCCCUCUGCCUGCUGCCCCUUCCCCACAAAUCUCGAACUCGAUCUGUUUUAUUUAUUUAUUUAUUUCACCUCAUUUUCCCAUGCAGUUCUUUAGAGAAACUAAAAGAUAGGGAAAAGAGAAAACAAAUGGCUGCUGCAGCUCAGCCCUUCACUGGGAAUCUGAAGAAAGCACUUGCUGGCUUGAGAAGAAUCAAUUUAGAGGGUCUGCGGUGGCGAGUAUUUGAUGCGAAGGGCCAGGUGCUUGGAAGAUUGGCGUCACAAAUUGCAACUGUUGUCCAAGGCAAAGACAAACCAACAUACACGCCGAACAAGGAAGAAGGCGAUAUGUGUGUUGUGGUCAACGCCAAAGACGUUUGUGUCACUGGUAGAAAAAUGACAGACAAGUUUUAUCGUUGGCACACAGGGUAUGUUGGCCACCUCAAGGAAAGAAGCCUCAAAGACCAGCUUGCGAAGGACCCAACUGAAGUAAUUCGCAAAGCUGUCCUGCGCAUGCUUCCCCGCAACAAAUUGCGUGAUGAUAGGGACCGCAAGCUGAGGAUAUUCGCGGGAAGCGAGCAUCCCUUUGGGGAUCGUCCGCUCGAGCCGUAUGUGAUGCCUCCGCGGAACGUGAGGGAGUUGCGUCCGCGUGCACGGCGUGCGCUCAUCCGCGCCCAGAAGAAAGCGGAGCUGGGAAGCACCACCCCGCCGGGAAAGAAGAAAGAUAAAGCAGUUGAUGUUAGUGCUUGAAUAUCUACCCUCUUGUUUUGUGCUCAGAUGGCAUUUUCUUGUGAUGCAAAUCUGGUUCUUUUGGGCUUUAUGUGCUCAGUUAGCUAGGUAAGGUAAAAAUGUAUGGAGAGCCCCUCAACUAAGGACCAUUUAGAAAUGGCCCCUCCAACAUUAAUUUGGAGAUUUCGUUGAGCUGAUUUCGUUAAAUUUAACAGCUCUAGCCGCUUCUUCAGCAAAUGAAACUGUUGCUGAAAUUGUAUGUUUUCGUAAUCAUUACGACCAACUGGUAGCAAAGGCACAGCAAGAUCUCCAAUUUAAUUGGUUGAAAAGUUUGAUUCAAAAUAAUCAGAAGUUGAGGGGCGUCAAUGAAAAAAAUUAAAAAGUUGGAAGGUCUAUUUCAUUAAGCGCUGUAGUUGAGGGGUUACUAGUACAAUUUCGCUAUUUUGUAGCUCUUAUUUAUUACUUAACGCUGCUGGAGCUUGUUACAUUUUUUAAUUUUUGUAGUGAUGCUGAAAUUUACAUAUACAACUAUUGUUGGAUGAAAUUA